AUGCAACCCAUGAUAAUUAUUCUCAAAGAUGGUACUGAUUCGGCCCAAGGCAAAUCUCAAGUUUUAUCAAAUAUAAGCGCAUGUCAAGCUGUUGCUGAAGCUAUCCGUACAACAUUAGGUCCACGGGGUAUGGAUAAAUUAAUAGUUGACAAUCGUGGUAAAGCAACGAUAUCAAAUGAUGGUGCCACCAUUCUUAAACUCCUUGAAGUUAUUCAUCCAGCAGCGCGUACACUUGUUGAUAUCGCUAAAUCUCAAGAUGCUGAAGUUGGUGAUGGUACAACAUCCGUUGUUUUACUAACAGGAGAAUUAUUAAAAAAUGCAAGAACAUUUAUCGAAGACGGAAUGCAUCCAACUAUUAUUAUUCGUGCUAUAAGAAAAGCGACAGCAUUAGCGAUCAAGAAAAUAAAAGAAAUCGCUGUUAAUGUUAAAGCCGAUGAUGCUAAAGAACAUCGAGCUUUACUUGAAAAAUGUGCUCAAACAACAUUAAGUUCAAAAUUGAUCGCCCGACAACGGGAAUUUUUUUCAAAAAUGGUUGUUGAUGCUGUUCUUAUGUUAGAUGAAUUACUUCCAUUGAAUAUGAUUGGUAUUAAAAAAGUUACAGGCGGAUCACUUGAAGAAUCACGUAUUGUUGCUGGCGUUGCAUUUAAGAAAACAUUUUCCUAUGCUGGUUUUGAAAUGCAACAAAAAAAACUUUUAAAACCUAAAAUAGCCUUACUUAAUAUUGAACUUGAAUUGAAAGCUGAACGUGAUAAUGCCGAAAUUCGUCUUGACAACGUUACUGAAUAUCAAAAAAUUGUUGAUGCUGAAUGGUCAAUUCUUUAUAGUAAACUUGAUAAGUUGCAUAAAGCUGGUGUUAAAGUUGUUCUUUCAAAAUUACCUAUUGGUGAUGUUGCUACUCAGUAUUUUGCUGAUCGGGACAUGUUUUGUGCUGGUCGUGUACAAGAAGAUGAUCUUAGACGUACACAAAAAGCUUGUGGUGGUGCGAUAAUAACAACAGUUGAAAAUCUUGAGGAUCAAUCUCAACAAGUCUUAGGCACAUGUGAAGUUUUCGAAGAAAUGCAAAUUGGUUCUGAACGUUACAAUCUAUUUUCUGGCUGUCCUAAAGCUAAAACAGCGACAAUGAUUUUACGUGGUGGUGCUGAACAAUUUAUUGAUGAAGUUGAACGUUCUUUACACGAUGCUAUUAUGAUUGUACGACGUGCUGUUAAAAAUGAUUCGAUUGUUGCUGGCGGUGGUGCUAUCGAAAUGGCUUUAAGUCGUACAUUACGCGACUACAGUCGAACAGUACCUGGCAAAGAACAAUUGAUUAUUGCUGCAUAUGCAAAAUCCUUCGAAAUUAUACCAAGACAAUUAUGUGAAAAUGCAGGAUUUGAUGCAACAAAUAUUUUAAACAAACUUCGACAAAAACAUACUGAAAAUAAUAUUUGGUUUGGUGUUGACAUUCUGCACGAAGAUGUUAGCGAUAAUUUAGUUGCCGCUGUUUGGGAACCAGCCGUUGUUAAAAUUAAUGCUAUAACAGCAGCAAGUGAAGCCGCUUGUUUAAUAUUAAGCGUUGAUGAAACAAUCAAAGUACCUAAAUCAUCAGCUGAGCCAUCUAAUGCUGCUAAAGCUAUGAAUAUGGAUUAA